AUGCAGGUCGCCGUCAACACCACCACUGUCGGCGCUCACCCGCACCCAACAAAGUCCUCCUACCUCCGGCCAUCCCCUCCUUGCCGCGUCUACUUCCACGCCUCUCCACGUCCGAACCUGAGGGCGAUUGCCAUGGCCACCAAGUCGCAGCUGCAGGAUCAGCUGAUCAUCACUCGCCCCGACGACUGGCAUCUCCAUCUUCGUGAAGGCGGUGUCCUCGAGGCUGUAGUGCCACACAGCGCGAUGCAUUUUGGGAGGGCCAUCAUCAUGCCCAACUUGAAGCCGCCGGUGACCACAACGGCGCGGGCAGUGGAGUACAGGGAAGAUAUACUGAGGGCGCUGCCGCCAGGGAGUAGCUUCGUGCCGCUCAUGACACUGUACCUCACAGACAACACAAGCCCAGAGGAGAUCAAGCUCGCAAUAAAGAGUGGUAUAAUCUUUGCUGUGAAAUUGUAUCCUGCCGGAGCAACUACCAAUUCCCAAGAUGGCGUCACUGAUAUAUUUGGGAAGUGCUUGCCAGUCCUCGAGGAGAUGGUCAGGCAGGAAAUGCCAUUGCUUGUUCAUGGAGAAGUCACAGAUCCACAUGUUGACACCUUUGAUCGUGAGAAGGUUUUCAUUGACAAAAUAUUGGCUCCACUUGUACAAAAACUUCCACAGCUGAAAAUUGUCAUGGAACAUAUCACAACCAUGGAUGCAGUGAAUUUCAUAGAAUCAUGUGAAGAAGGUCAUGUUGCUGCAACAGUGACUCCCCAGCAUCUUCUUCUCAAUAGGAAUGCUUUAUUUCAGGGUGGCUUGCAGCCACACAAUUAUUGCUUGCCAGUACUGAAAAGAGAGACUCAUAGACAAGCUAUUGUAUCUGCUGUAACAAAUGGGAGUAGACGGUACUUUCUUGGUACUGACAGCGCUCCCCAUGAUAAACGGAACAAAGAAUGUUCCUGUGGAUGUGCAGGAAUAUAUAGUGCGCCUGUUGCCUUGUCUCUUUAUGCGAAGGUAUUUGAAGAGGCUGGUGCCCUAGAUAAGCUGGAAGCAUUUACAAGCUUCAAUGGCCCCGAUUUUUAUGGCCUCCCAAGGAACAUUUCAAAGAUUGUCUUGAGAAAGAAUGCCUGGAAAGUUCCUGCAACUUAUAAACACAGUUCAGGGGAGAUUGUGCCUAUGUUUAGUGGCAGCACCCUUGAAUGGCUUCCAUCUGAUCAGCCUAAAGAGUAA